UCUCUGCAUGUCCCUCCCAUCCGACGAAGGAGCACUGUAAAAGGACACAGAAAAGAAAGAAAGGCGGCCACAGGAAGGACCCCACCAUGUCUGGUUGGUGUUAAAAUGUUGACGACUCUUCUACUUCCCUCUUGGACUCCACAGACCCAAGCGAGACUCCCCCUCGACACGCAAAAGAUGACGGCCGAUGUCUUCCUUUGGCAUCGUUUCUUCAUACCUUUCCUCCUUCUUUCUUGCUUUUCCGGCGUCGGAAGUUCCCAAGAGACCAGGGCACUGCUGGACUUGAAGGCCGCUCUCCAGCCCUCCUCGCCCACCGACGUCUUCCAUUCCUGGAAGGAGUCCGACGUCUCCCCCUGCAAUUGGACUGGAAUCACUUGCGACUCAUCCCUUUCCGUCACCGCGAUCUCCCUAAGCAGCCGGAACCUCACCGGUGUCUUUCCCUUGGACUCGCUGUGUAGGCUCCCCAAGCUCCAGAAGCUCGACCUCUCGAAGAACGCUCUGAAGGGAGGCCUCUCUCCUUGGAUCAACAACUGCAGCGGCCUCCAAUACCUCGACCUCUCCUUCAACUUCCUUACCGGUCAGGUGCCAGAACUAUGGAACCUCGCCAACCUCAGGGCCCUUAAUCUCUCGGACAACGUAUUCACCGGGCCGUUCCCCGUGAGCUCCCUGCGAAACAAAACGUAUCUCGCAUGGCUGAGCCUUGGGGAUAAUCCCUUCGACCGGUGCCCGUUUCCCGAGGAGAUCCUCCUACUCCGGCAGCUCAGGUGGAUCUAUCUCUCGGAUACCAAUCUCAAUGGGAAGAUUCCACCCGCGAUCGGUGACCUGACGGAGCUCGUAAACUUGGAGCUUGCCGACAACUUCUUGUCAGGGGAGAUUCCGGUGGAGAUAACCAAGCUCACGAACCUCUGGCAGAUCGAGUUGUAUAACAAUUCCUUUACCGGAAAAAUUCCGGUGGGAUUUGGCAAGCUUUCCAAAUUGGAGUACUUUGAUGCCUCCACGAACCAUCUCGAGGGAGACCUCUCUGAGCUGAGGAACCUGACAAACCUCGUGUCUCUGCAGCUGUUCGACAACAACCUUUCCGGCACGAUCCCUACGGAAUUCGGUGAUUUCAAGAGGCUUGUGAACCUCUCUCUGUACUCGAAUUCGCUAGAAGGAACUCUGCCUUCGAAACUCGGCAGCUGGGCGGAAUUCAACUUCAUCGAUGUCUCGGACAAUUUCCUGACUGGGGAGAUCCCGCCGGAUAUGUGUGCAAAGGGAACAAUGACGAGAUUGCUGCUCCUUAACAACAACUUCACCGGCUUGAUUCCGGCAACCUAUGCCAACUGUAAAUCGAUGGUACGCUUUAGAGUAACGAACAACUCGCUCUCCGGAGUCGUUCCCGCCGGAAUUUGGGGCCUGCCGAACGUCGUCAUCAUCGAUCUAACAAGCAAUUCCUUCGAAGGACUCGUGACUUCAGACAUCAAGAACGCGGGAACCUUGGCUCAGCUAUUCAUUUCCGACAACAAGUUUUCCGGCAGCCUUCCACUGGAAAUCUGCCAGGCGUCCUCCUUAAUGGAGAUCGACGCAAGCAACAACCUACUCUCCGGUGAGAUUCCGCCCACAAUCGGCCAACUUCGAAAGCUCAACAGGCUGAAGCUGGAUCAGAAUGCAUUCACCGGCAGCCUACCGGAUUCAUUGGGGUCAUGCGCAGCCCUAAACGAACUAAAUCUUGCCAGCAACAAUCUCUCCGGAGAGAUACCAUCCUCCUUGGGUAACGUCCGGGUCCUCAACGCCCUCAACCUCUCGAUGAACGAGCUCUCUGGUGAGAUACCUGCGAGCUUCUCGUCAUUGAAACUCAGUGUCCUGGACCUCUCCAACAACCGCCUCAGUGGUCCGAUCCCUCCCACCCUCGCCAAUGACGCGUACACCGGAAGCUUCGCCGGUAACCCUGGUCUCUGCAGUUUUAAUGCCGGGAGAUUCCGGCCAUGUGCCACAGGCUCUGGUGCGUCAUCCAAUAGGGCCUUGAUUAUCUGUUCCGUCCUCGCCACAGCCCUGCUCCUUUUGUCGCUCGGCUUCUUCGUCCAUCUCAAGCGGCAGAGGUCCAACGAAGGCCCGAGCCGGGACAACUCCUGGGACCUCAAAUCAUUCCGAGUCCUGACAUUUACGGAGCACGAGAUCACCAGCGCCAUCAAGGAGGAGAACCGGAUCGGAAAGGGCGGCUCGGGCGAGGUGUAUCGUGUCGACCUGGACAACGGCAGCACGGUGGCCGUGAAGCACAUCGCGAACCUAGAGCCGGAGGAGAAUCACCGGAGGAGCAGCCGGGGCACGGCGGCAAUGCUAGUGAAAGACAAAGCCGACGGGAAGUGGAAGGAGUUUGAGGCGGAGGUGGCGGUGCUGAGUUCUAUCCGCCACCUGAACGUGGUGAAGCUCUUCUGCAGUAUCACGAGCGACGACUCCAGCCUGCUGGUGUACGAGUACCUGCCCAACGGCAGCCUCUGGGAGCAACUGCACGGCGGCCGGAGCAAAAACGGCCUCGACUGGCCGACCCGUUACCGCGUGGCCGCCGGGGCGGCCAAGGGACUGGAGUACCUCCACCACGGCUGCGAGCGGCCCAUCAUCCACCGCGACGUCAAGUCCAGCAACAUCCUCCUCGACGAGUUCUUCCAAGCGCGGAUCGCCGACUUCGGCCUCGCGAAGGUGGCCAAGGCGUCCGGCGGCGGAGCCAAGGACCCCUCCUCCGCCCACACCGUCGCCGGAACACACGGCUACAUCGCUCCAGAAUACGCGUACACGUACAGGAUAAACGAGAAGAGCGACGUGUACAGCUUCGGGGUGGUGCUCAUGGAGCUGGUGACCGGAAAAAGGCCGAUCGAGCCGGAGUUCGGCGACGGUAAAGAUCUGGUUCAUUGGGUCUCCAGUCGGAUCACCACGAAGGAGAGCGUGAUGGGGUUGGUGGACCCCAGGAUACCGGAGGCGCUGAGGGAGGACGUGGUCAAGGUGCUGAGGGUGGCAGUGUUGUGCACGGCCCGGCUGCCCAACCUGAGGCCCACCAUGAGGGUGGUCGUUCAGAUGCUGGAGGAGAUCGGCGACCCAGAACCACGGGUUUUUCUGUACCCCAUAAAAUCGAAGCGCAAGGACGAUAACGAGGAGGAAGAUGAGGAAAACCCCAAAUCUCAGAAGCCAAAAUCAAGCCCUUGAGGGCGACUCCGCAGUUGAGCCCCGGCGGGAGCCAUGGCUCCUGAUGCUGGGCCGCCUUGCCGUUCGGUCGACGUCAGGCUUGAACCGACCCGCUCUGCCUCCGGUUGAGUGGCAACCGGAAAAAUGUAAAUUAGAUCCAUAAGUGGUGUCAUGUGCCUGAAAGCUGAAUAAACAUAGCAGCCAGCACUGUUACAGUCUCCGAUUCGCAGCCUCCUAGGCAUGGUGAAGCCUAGAUGUCAACGACCUUUUGAUAAUUACGAUCGUUUUGUAUUAAGAGAACCUGAUUUUUCAGGUAUGAACACCGAACCCCGUAUAGUUACUGCAUUUUUAGUAAAAGAUCAUCUGACAGUUGGUAUGAUCUCAUAAAGGAAGUCAUGUGAUCUCUCUAAUAAUUCUUAGCAAACGACGUUACGACGGCUUGUUUCGGAGAAUU